GCUUAGGUUUGCCAAACCAAAUAGCCCAAACGGGUUUAGAAAAAAAGAAGGAAAAAAACUCUUCAAGUUAAGUUUUCUCUCUCUCUCUCUUCUAGAUUCCUCUGCUUUUUCUCUAAACAGUUACACAACAAUGGCGGCUACUCGGAAGUCAAGCGGACCGGUUCUCCGGUCACUUUCACCGGCCGGAAGAUUUUAUUCUCCAGGCCAAAGGACCGGUUCUGCUUUUGCUUCCUCAACUUCUGGUUUUUCAACCGGUUCACAUACAAUUCUCCACAGAUCAACUUCUCCGAAUCGUGUGAAUUUAUACAGCUCAAGGUCGUCAUCUCCGGCGUCAUCCGUACGGUUCUCUCUGGACCGUUCGACUUCACCGAGUCGGUCUAUUUCUGCUUUAAACCGGAAUCACGUGGUCCAGAACCGGAGCUAUAAAUCCUUGCCUAGUAGCGUUCAGAAAAAGACGUGUAUGUGCUCCCCGACGAAUCAUCCAGGUUCGUUUCGAUGUAGUCUACAUAAGAAUAUUGCUGCAAGCGGUAGCCGUGCGCCGUCGUGCAAUCCGAACCAGUUGCAUAUGAGGCGGUCCGCCAUGACGAACUCGCUUGUGAGAAUCGGAACUGUAGAAGGUGAUUUGGUGAAAAGAGCGUUAGCCGCUUUGAUUCGUCCUUCGUCUCAUCAACAGCGCCGCCGAGGCGAUUUCCAGCAUAGACCUAGCCGGCUUUCUGUCAUGUCCAAAGCCGAGGAUUCGUAAAGCAGAUAGCCGUAGAAAAUCCUAUGCCCUAAGAUCCGACUGUGUAUAGACUCUAUAGUUACGUUUUUUUUUAACUAUAGCAUAAAAAAAUCCUCUAAUUUUUGGCGUUUUUGUCCAUGGAGCCUCAAAUUCUGAUAAUAUAUCGGUAAAAUCAAACUCCUAAGGCCCAAAUUUAAUUAAUUUAAUUGAUAACAAUUCAGGA